AUGGACGGAGCAACAAUCCAUGCGUUGUAUGGAACCGCCGAUAACUCGGGCGAGCCUACGCCCUUGGUGAACAAGACUCCAACUAUCCUAGGCGUGGUUAUUGCCUUCGCGAUCUUCUCGUGGAUGUGUGUCGCCUUCCGCAUGUACGUGCGAGCCAAGUUGGUUCAGUCAUUAGGAUGGGAUGAUUGCUUCGUGAUAUUGUCGUUGGUGUGUAACCCUCUGUAUACUCUCUCGAUGACGAACAAUGUCUCACGUGAGGAUUUCAACACAGUUAACAACAACAACUGGAUCUCUACCAAAUAUGGGAUGGGAAGACAUAUCUAUACCCUCUCUGCGGCAGAAGUCCAGAAUUACCUCCGAACCUUCUACGUUGCAAACGCAUCUUACCAAAUGUCAACCGCCUUUAUCAAAAUCUCUCUCCUCUUUCAAUACUUGCGCAUCUUCGACCGACCGUCCUUCCUUCGAUCGCUCUGCAUCUACCUGAUCAUCUUUGUCAGCUUAUGGGCCACCGCCUACUCGUUUCUGGGAUGGGUUCCCUGCGUGCCAGUCGCAGCAUAUUGGAACUGGACCAUUCCAGCCACACGUUGGGCAUACGGCUCGCUCAAUUCUGAUAUAUUCUCGGGAACAUAUGAGAGUCACUCUUCGGUCAACUUUGCCUUGGACGUCCUUGUUCUCGCCAUCCCGGUUCCGCUCUACUUCAGACCUCAACAGUCGCUUAAGUCGAAGCUGAGACUGCUUGCGCUGCUGGUCAUUGGCAUUGCGGUCAACGGCGUCUCAGUCGUCCGAGUAUACUCUAUCAUUCAACACCGAUCCGCCACUCGUCCGACAUUAGACCCCAUGUGGUACGGCCCCCUCAGCAUCGUCCUAUCCGCCGUCGAAGUCGAUCUGGCCAUGGUUGCCAGUAGCGUCCCGAUUUUCUGGCCAGUACUGCGGCAACGAUUCCCCGGUAUCUUUGUUACCAAGGAGGUUGAAGUCACGAGGGAAGUUCGGAGGUUGGAGAGCGUGGAACUCGAGGACGACAUGGAGAUGGAGCCGGAUCGGAGGUCGCGGGUCGGCAGCGAAGCAAGUCUUCGGCAAGAGAACAUCAAUCAGGGAGGAGGAGCGGGUGGACGGUACAUGGAUGAGUUCAUUGUGAACCAGGUCGACCCGCUGAGGAAGGCCAAGAGUACGGUUACAGAGGUCAAGGCCGGCGAUGAAGCUCAGGGGGGUUGGUGGCAGAAGGGCCGCUUUGGUUGA